AUGAACGAAAGCGUUCCAGCGGCGCAACCCGUCUCUCGGAAGUUCUCUCGAUACCGUGCCGCGCGAGGUGCCGGAGAAGUCGAAAUGGCCCCAUCCCCCGCCCUAGUCAGUAGCAGCGAGCAGAAUCCCUCGAUCGCUAGGAGCAGAUCCCGAUACCGUCGCAAUCGACCACAAAAUGCAAGCGGCCAACCUCCCACACCCGCGAUCGCGGACCACGCGCGAACUCCACCGCGGCAGCACGAGACGAGAGAAAGUCCCAGUGUUGCGAAACAGGAAGAUGGCGAGGCGCGAGCGCGUGAGAUGCAUCGACAAGAUGCGAUGCAUCAGUUGACCGGGGGGGACGAAUCCCAGCAGAUUCGGCGGCCUGAGGUGUCUGCGCAAGAUCGUGCGCCCCCGCACAAGGAAGCGCGACUGAGGCAGCGGGCUGAUCCUGCCCAUCCACCGCGUAGUGCCCAGUCCGGCGAUGCCAGUCGGAAAUCUUUCUUUCAAAAAGUCAAUUCAAAAGUCAGGGAUCAUGUUAAAAAGAGCGAGUCGGUGCCAAAGUUCAUCGGUGUGGGUGGGACCGGUGUAGUGCCGGGCCUUGACGCGCCUGUCAGCGCCGUUAAUGCAGGAGAGCGCCAGGCUUCUGUUAAAUAUAAGGACGCUACAGCGAAUCUUACUAUUACGCCGUCAACGCAAGUUAGAGAUCUGUUGUUAGAUGCCGCGGCGCAUUUAUCGCGAGACAUCGAUGCCGACAGGUUCAUCCUCAUGGAGUCUUUCUCUCAGGUUGGCCUUGAGCGCCCCCUCCGUCGCUACGAGCAUAUCCGGGAAGUGAUGAACUCUUGGUCGCACGAUUCGGAAAAUCGAUUCAUAAUCAUUCCUCCUUCCAGCGUGGAAGCACUAGCUCAGCUCGACGCAGCACAUGCCCCUGCUGAGCAGCCGCCCCUAGUUACUGUGCAUAUCUACCAUUCGCAGCAUCCUCGCAAGUGGGACAAGCGUUACGUCACAUUACGUGCGGAUGGACAGGUGACAGUCUCAAAAAAAGAGGGCUCCAAGGAACAGACGAAUAUCUGCCACUUGUCCGACUUUGACAUCUACUUCCCCAGCGCUAAGGCUUUGAACAAAGACGUCAAGCCCCCGAAAAAGCUGUGCUUUGCUAUUAAAAGCCAGCAAAAAUCAUCGAUGUUUUUAUCAACUGAAAACUUCUUGCACUUUUUCUCGACCAACGACAAGGCUAUUGCAGACAAGUGGUAUCGAUCAGUACAGAAGUGGAGGAGCUGGUAUCUUGUGAACAAGCUGGGAGCGUGCCAGAAAUCAGAGGCCGAAGCACCACUCAAGCGCUCUGGAACGAAGAGAUCAAGCAAUCAGCCGAGAAGCCUGCAUCACGACGUUCCACUUUUGGACCAAAUGAGCUCAAAUGAUUCACCCAAACGUGCAAGCAUUGACCAACAAAGACCAACAAGUUCCAAGGAUCCGGUUACUAGAAAGAAGACCCAACGUGGUCACGCACCUCCGCCGUCUUCUUACCCCCGCGCCCUAGCAGUCAACACGGAUAUCGAUGGGCCUUUCACCGACAAGGAGGCACUAGUCUCGGGCAUCUCGCCCGCAGAAGUCGAAGCUUCCACCUUUUCUCCCUCAGGACUUUUGGGCCGCACCUAUACCCAACGACAAACGGCGAUGCGCGAACGAGAUGACCGUGAAAAGCGAGUCAACCAAGAAGCUUUCACAGGCACCGGUCUCAUGAACGGUUCUGGCCCUGCCUACGACUCAAACCCAAACAGCCGAACAAACACCAUGACCCGAGCCCCCGAUGUAUCAGCAUUCAACCGCACUCUCUCCCUCAGCCAAAAGCCUCUAGUUGAUCUGACCCCUGUCUACGCCGAACCACCCCAACACAGCCGCAAAGGCAAAGGACACGGCGUUAAAGUCCAGCCCGGCAUGCAACUCAUCGACGGAGCAACCGGUCCCGAAUUGACGCAGGGUGCAAUUCCCAUCCCGCCAUCCACUUCCUGGCGACGAACAGAUGUCCCUCAGCGCCGCAACACGACCCGUAGCGUGCACCAACCAAAUACUUACGCGAGCCCAACGGAAGGAGCUCCAAUGUCUCCCAACUUCACGCCGAAUAGCCUGCUCGCGCAUUCCGCUAGCACGGCUACCCCGCGGAAACAGCGGACUGGCCAUGGCGUUGCUACGGGUGAUCGAAAUGCUGCGAAACCAUUGCUGGAUAUGGCCCCCGAAAACCCAUUCGCAGAUGGUAGUUUGCUACGGCAGCUGUGA